CCGGGCGGGAUUUGUCUGGAUUCUGGUCUGUUCAAUUUGCAUCAGAGAUUUUUGCUGUGCAGAAUCGAGAACAAAUGCAAAGCAAACUUUUAAUGAUAAAACAUUUCGCAACAAUGCCGAGAACUUGGUGCCUGGAAGAGUCAAAAGAGAAGAAUUCUGCGAGGAAGAUCUGGAUUCUCCGGACAACUUACAAGUUCGAGAAGUCGGCGAUACCAGAGUUGUUAUUGACUGGAAAAAAGUAAAGGGAGCACAAUGGUAUGUUCUCGAACUGCAACCGUAUUCUGAAUGUGUGGCAAAUCUGGAGAAACCAAAGACGAAUCAAGCUACGAUAGAUAAACUUGAUUCAAGUACGGAAUAUGUGUUGACUGUUGCAGCUUAUGGAAAGAGCGGAGAUGCCUGUAGCACAAAAGCUGAAUUAAAGUUUAAAACAGCUGACGGCGACGUGAAAUGUGAAGAUUACGUUGAACUUGGAGCGAUUAAAAAUUUGAAAGCACCAGAGGAAAACAUGACAACGACGAGUGUAUUGUUGCAAUGGAAACCUUCAGAAAAUGCUUUAUCGUAUAUCGUUGAUCUCAAACCACCAAAUCUUGGACGAGGUGGAUUAGGUGAAAUGAAUGCAACGUCAGUCACUUUACGUGGUCUUGCGAGUGGUCAAAACUACACAGCUUCUGUCACACCAAAGAGGAAGAAAAAUUUGGGGGAAACGAAAACACUAAUAUUCGUUCCAAAAAUCAAAUCACCUAAUCAGUUCAGAAUAUCGAAUCUCAGCAGCCAAUACUUCCGAGCAGAAUGGGAACAAAAUGAAUCGGUGUUGAAAUAUACUUUGUCACUCUUCAAGUUGGAUAAAGAUGAAAAGGAAGAAUUUGUUGAAAAAAAAGAGACCGCGGAAAACUAUGUUUACUUUCGCAAUCUGAUACCUGUAACACAGUAUCGUGUUGAUAUUCAAGGUUCUAAUGGACAUGCGUUAUCGAUGACAAAAUCAGUAGUAAUUUAUACAAAACUUCCAACACCACGAAAUGUGACAAAAUGGAACGUGACAUACAGCAGUGUACAUGCUGCCUGGGAACCAGUGGAUGGAGCUACAAUUUAUCGGGUUGUCAUACGUCAACGGAGCGGAGAUGGGGAGAGGAAGGUGACGCAAGUUAACGAGACAAAAGUAUUCAUAAAAGAUCUGGUGGAUGCUACAGAAUAUGUACUUGAAAUUUUUGCCAAGAAUCAGUAUGCUUUCAGUUUACCUGGAUCCACUGACGUUUAUACAAAAUUGACGGCAGUCCAACUACUGAACGUCGACCCUGACUAUAUUGAAGAUACAUCGCUAGUUAUUAGAUGGGACAAAGUUGGGCCUGCAAACUGGUACGCUGUAAGCAUCCAACCCAAUACACCAGGAGCGAAAGGAAUUGGUGAUGUCAAACCAGAAUUUACCCGGAUUACAAACUUAAAACCCGGCAUCAUGUACACUAUUACAGUAGUUGCAAUGAAUACAAGAGAAUUUCCUACAGCCAGUGAACCAAAUUCAAUUCAGCAAGCCACGCAACUACCGCGACCGGAUAAUCUCACUGCGUCGUACGAAGACGUCAAGCACAACCAAAUCCGAUUAACAUGGAAUCCGAUUCCUAUGACGAACAUUUACUUCUUAUUCGCUUAUGAUUGCAGCAAAAGAGGAAGCAAGAUUGACCCCAAGGCUCCACGAUCUACAAUGGGACCUACCACUCAACCACAAGAAUAUAUGUCAAAAAUGAAAUAUUGGAAUUAUCAGAAGUUAUUUAAAAAGAGAGCGAAGACAAAACUCACUUGCGAAUCUAUAUUUGCGGAUGUUCAGCAAGCUAUAAGAGAAGCAAAAAUGUCUGUCCCGAGCAACGUUGAAGGACAGGGACAAAUCAAUGGGACUGAAGCAGUUUUAAGCAACCUUUAUCCCAACACGAAAUACGAAUUCGUACUUGUAGCUGGGGACCCUGUAAAACAAAGUGAAGCCAAAUUAUAUAGACGUUACACAAAAUUACCUGAUCCAGAAAAUUUUAUAUACGAUAAAUCCAUGGUCAUGUCAUCAUCAGUCGAAGUUCGUUGGAAUAAAGUAGAAGAAGCGACAUAUUAUACUUUAAAAACAACAAAGACAGAUGCAGUAAGACCGGAAAAUAAAUUCAAGCCAAGAGCAAGAAGGAUAACAGUUCAUGUGGAAACAACAAAAUUAAAGGCAAAACAAACAGAUUCAUUCGUUCGUAAUCUGCUUCCGUCAACGAAUUACACUUUUGCGCUGACGGCAAAAAACGAGCACACUGAAAGUUUUCCUGUUCUUGUGAAUACAUUCACUCGUCUUCCGGCUCCAUCAACCUUGAAUGUUGUACCAGAAGAAAGAAAAACCAAUCAAAUGAUGAUACAAUGGGCAGCUGUUGAUGACACACAAAUUUACAAUGUAACAUAUGCUGCCAGCACGGGUAGUAUGCAAGAGGAAGAUAAAGUCUGGGUUCAGCUUGAAGUUGAUCAACCUGAAAUAUUUCUUCGAAAUCUUACUCCAAACACGUUUUAUGAAAUCCACAUCAGAGCAACCAACGUUUAUACUGAGAGUUUACCAGCUUCAGUAAAGAAAUUUACAAAACUUGCUGUCCCAGAGAACGUCACCAUUGCUAAUCUUACAGACACAAUCAUUAAACUAUCUUGGUCGCCAGUUGAAGGAUGCAAAGAUUACAAAUUUGGAAUAUCGAAGCAUCCUCUUUUGCCUGAAAGUUUUCGAAAGUCCACGCGAACGACGGAAUUUUCAUUCGACAUGUUGAGCCCAAAUCAAGCAUACAAUAUAUGGAUGAAAGCUACCAAUGUUAAUACUGAGAGCGACAUAUUCCGAAUAAAACAAUUCACAAAGCUUCCGCAGCCGGAAAAAGUUAUGUUUACGCCAGACGAUAUUCAUGAUAGAACGUUACGAUUACGGUGGAGAGUCGUCAAAGAAUCGGAAUACUAUUCAAUCAUAGUUAUGGCUUUGCACAAUGAAUCAAGUCCAUCUUCGGCACCUCCAUUUGACCAAGAUUCGUUGGUAACUGAGAUAGAUAUGAAAGACGGGAUUCCAUUAGUUGAAAAAAGACUUAGAGGAAGACGAGCAAUAGAAGACAGAUAUGCAGGUAGAGCGAUACGAUCAACUGGAGCAGACGCAACCGCAAAACCCAUUAGUUUCAAGACAAAGAGAGGAAUGAAAAAACCUCAACAAGUUUUUAUAAACGAAGAUGGGCUUUACGAAAUCACAGUUACGGAGACUGACGUCACAUUCAGUCAACUUGACCCCGGUGUAAAAUACAACAUGAUUUUACGAGCGGUGAACAGAGAUACCGAAAGUAUUCCCGUAAAAAUUGGAACAUUCACAAAACUCCAGAAGCCUGGAUCCAACGACGUGGAGACUAGGAAAAUCGAUAACGAUACAGCUACGAUAGUCUGGCUGCCAGUGAACAAAGCUAGUUAUUACAGAGUGAUUGUGACGUCAGAAAGAAAACCAUUCAUGAAAGAAUCUGACGUAAUAGUCGCCGAAGGAAUAACGACCGAUACAGAGAUGUCAAUCGUGGGUCUGGAACCGAACACGAAAUACACAUUUGCUGUUCGUGCUGGAAACAAUCACAUUGAAAGUUAUGCAGCUACGAUAUGGAACAUAACAAAGUUAUCUGCUGUUGAAGAUCUUCUAGUGGACAUUGCCAGUAUUACGUCAUCAUCUUUCAUGGUUCGUUGGGCUCCAGUCGAACACGCAGGUCGUUACGUCAUCUUAAUCAGUCCACCUAUGAUGAAUCGACGAAAUAAAAUAAUGGUUGCCGCUUCGGAGACGAAGGUAACUCUAGAACCUCUGAGAGAUACCACUAACUACAAAGUGACCAUCAGUGCUGAAAAUGACAGAACCAAUGGUGUUACGAGACAGCUUACCCAAUAUACAAAACUUCUUACUCCUGCGAAUGUACAAAUUGUGUUAGAGUCCGUAAACUCAUCUUAUUUUCGAGUUGUUUGGGAUUCGGUAAGAGCAGCGGAGGAAUAUCACGUACGACUAUGGAAUGAUACGAACAAACCCCUCAAGCAAUUGAAACCAAAAAAAACUCAAGCUCAACUUAAAAAUCUCCUCUCUGGACACAAAUACUGGGUGACAAUAAAAGCUCACAAUAAGAAGCAUAAAACUUACAGCGACGAGGUUAAACUGACUACAUUCACAAAACUUGUUACGCCAGAAAAUUUUGAAGUUAUUGACGCAGAAGUGACAGAUACUUCUUUAGUAUUUUCAUGGGAUCCUGUACCACUGGCUGAUCGAUACAAAAUAACUUCGGUAAUCAAACCUAGAGAUAACGAUCACGUCAGCAUCCAUUUACAUGUUAAUGAGCGGACAAUGCUUAUUGAAGAAACAUUCAUUGAAAUAAAUAACUUGAGACCAGCUUCUUACUAUUCGGUGGUGAUGAAAGCAAUUAAUUUGAACACGGAUAGUGAGAAUGUAUCCUUGAGCGUUUUCACAAAGCUUUCUGAACCAACGAACCUUACCCUUCACGAACAUUUGUACAUGGAUACAGAAGCGAAACUGGAGUGGUUUCAAGUACAGAGAGCAGGAUCAUAUGUUAUCGAGGUCUUCACCAAACCCGAGAAACCCGACAACAUUACUGACGAAGAAUUUUAUGAAUCUGAUAUAUUAGAUAUUUUAUUCAUGGAUGGCAGUGAUAACUCCUAUAACGAGUCUAUUGUUUACGAAAAUCGAACCGAACGUCAUCCAUAUCAUACGGUGAUUGGACUAGAGCCAUUAACGACCUAUGUCGCUGCAGUAUCUGCUAAGAACAAAGACACAAACAGUGAUAGAACUACAAUGGAAUUCAAAACAAAAUCUGCAUGUGAAGAAGAUUUUCAUGCUUUUCCUCAUACCCAUCUCUACCAAGCAUUGCAUAGAAGAGAAGUUAAGAAUGUUUCCUUGGAUGAAUGCUUGACUGAAUGUUGUGAAGAACGUAAAUUUCCUUGUAGAUCGGUAUCACUACAUAAAGAAACUUCAGAUUGCUAUCUAUUUGCCGAAGAUCGUAACAUCGCGCCACCGUUGGGACUAAGCAAGUACUACGACCACUUUGAAAGGAAGUUCUGGCAAGAAGUAUCAGGAUUUCAAAUCAGAUCAUUGUCACACAAUAAUGUUGCUGUCAUCAAUGAAACUGUUGAUAUUAUAUUAACGUUUGUGUAUGUUGGUAAAACUGGAUGCGUUGAAUGGGAUCUUGGAGAAGGUACUAGAAGAUAUCAUGCAAUAUCAAGUGUCGCUGAUUGUGCUUACAUGUGUGAUAAUGCACCACCUGGAACAAACUGCACCAUUCUUCCCGCAAAUCCACUGGAAAAUGCUAAUCAAAUCAAUACAAGCCAUGUGUAUGAUAUGAACAGCGUUUAUGAAGUUCGUGUAAAUGUUUCUGAUCAAGGAAUUUAUGCAACUUCGUCAUUCAAGAUAGCAAUUAAUGAAAGAGGUUGUAUCUAUCCUGAAAUUACUAUUGAAGAAGAUGCAAAGAACAUUUUGGAUCCAAAGCAACUUUAUCGAUCAAACAAGCUAGUUUUGUCAACGACUCCUACGAUUGUUUGUAAAAGUUUUCCAGGAGUAAAAUUUGAUUGGAGAGCAGUUGUUUAUUCAGCGUCUUCAAACACCGUGACCAAUAGUUUUCAGCUUGAUUCAUUUGGUUCCGAGAUUUUGAUUCCCGCUUUAUCCCUCGAACUUGGAAUGUAUAUGAUAACUGCAACUAUAAAUCUUUUGGAUGACGAACACGAUCUACAAGACUCGGAUUCAGUUUAUAUUGAAGUCGUUCCGUCUCCUCUCGUAUCAAAAAUAAAGGGUGGAAGCAUGCGUACCAUUGGAUAUAACAGAAUAGUGAAAUGGGAUGCAAGUACGAAAUCAUAUGAUCCUGAUACACUUGGUCCUGAAAGACAUGAUCUGAGUUACAGAUGGUUUUGCAAGAAUUAUACCGAUACUAAAUUUCAACCACUCGAAGAUGGAAGUUGCUUCCCAGAUCUCGAUCUGUUGACUUUUGAUGGUCCCGGCAUUUUUAUUUUAAACACCACAAUAAUGCACCUGUAUGUCAAUUAUGAAUUUCAAGUUGCGGUCAUGAAAGAUGAAAGAACAACAAUGUUCACUCAACAAGUUGUUGUGAAAGAGGGAGAUCCGCCUGAGUUUUAUAUAGAAUGCCGAGAAAACUGUAAAGCAAAAUUAAAUCCAACACAAGCACUCGCUUUGAAUGCAAUAUGUUUAAAUUGUAAACAUGAACGUAAUCCUGAAUAUGAAUGGAUCCUAUUUGAGGUUAUAACUAUCAGUGAUGAACAAGAGAGCGAAUCGGAUACCGAAUCUUCUGACAAGUUGAAUCCAAUUUUGGAUGCAGAAUAUGAUGAAGAAGAAUUGGAUUAUGAUGAAGUAAAAUCGGUACUAUCAGGAGAGGGAAAAGUUGAGAAGAAAAUAUACGAGCAAGUGAUGGGCUGGGAGGGUAACACAACAACCGGUUCCAUGUCUGAUAUUUUGGUCCUAACAAAAAACUCGCUGAAGAGUGGUCGAGAAUAUGUUCUACGCUUGAACGUCAGCAUGGAUGGCUUGGACGACAGAGUACACAGCUUUUCAGACUUCACUUUCCUAUCUAAUCUUCCUCCAUACAACGGCAUCUGUUCUACUGCGUCGUCCAUUGGGAACUGCGCAAGAUUCAAAACGUUUCCAAACACGCAAAUUGAUGAAAUCGAUCCACGGGGAGUAUUUGUGAACUUGACAGAGAAAGAAUGUUCUCAAAAGUGCUGCCUGAUGAGAGAAUUUCUAUGCUUGUCGUUCACUUAUCAAGUCAAGGAAAGAGUUUGCAAACUGUACACAGAAGCAAGAGAUACAAUACUUACCCAAAUGUCGUUCAGUAACGUAGAAGAUUAUCACCAACGUGUGUUUUAUGUGGGAAGAGCCGUCAUUGAUGAGGUGUUACUAGAAUGUAGAAACUGGCAAGAUGAAGGCGAACUACAAACUUAUCCAAAAGAAGGGGAACGUCCUCCAAAAACUACAUUAACAUAUAAAUAUGUUGCACUGCCCUAUGGAAACUUGACUUCUCCAUUACUGCUAUAUUUUGGAACAGUGGUAAAAACGCCAGGAAUAUCAAUGGCCCUCGGUGAUCCAGAAGAUGAUUACAUCGUAUCAAUAAGAGCACAAGUUUGUGAUAUGUACGGAGAAUGUGCGAUGUCAAACACAGUUACAAUACAGGUUGUUCCUCCUGAUUCUGGCAAUGUAGGAGAUACUCUCAGUGGUUUUGCGAAUGGAAAUACAAGCAAAUUAGGAAUAUUUUCAUCGACAGGAAACAGUAAAGCAGCAGCUCAACUAGUGCAGUCCAUAGCGUCAAUAAUUAAUAUGAACGAAGAGGAAGAAGAUCGAUCUUUGGGAAGUAACGGUACCGGUAAUGCAACCGACUAUGAAGCGACGACUUCUUCUUGGCUAGAAACAACUGCGUCGCCCACUACUGCUUAUUACGUCACAAUGGGACCAGAAACAAACGUAACGGGCAACGCUUCACGUGGCGUUAUCGACAAAAACUUGAAGCAAAAUCUUCGUAAAGACGUUGUGAAAGCCUUAUCUUCGGCAUCUGGAGGAAUGACAUCAAUAGACAAUCUAAAACAGAUGACUAGCGCGAUGAAUUCAAUCACAAAGAAACCAGAUGAAAUAACACCAGAUUCGCAGCUUGAAGCUUCGAAUACGGUACUGAAAAUGGCCGCAUCAUUGACGACAUUUUCUGACGAGUCGAACAAGGAAGAUAUUGCCGACGCUGCAAAAAAUAUCAUCGGAUCACUCGGGAGUGUUGCCAAGUCAUCGGAAACAAACAUGGGCGACUUGAAAGAUCAACUCUUGCAACCUUCUGAACUCAACUUUAAUACAUUAGACAACGUUGAUUUAUCACCCGAUGAAUUUGAAUAUUACAACAGACUUAAAUUAAAACAAGAAAAGAAAAGAGUUCGAAGAAGUGCUCUUGCGUCCCAAGAAGUUAUGGCUUCAGCCAUAACUGCGAUUGACGGGACGGCGGACUCAUUACUUGACAAACAAAUGUCAGGGGAACCUGCUGAAAAUCUAAACAGUGAACGUAUGGAAAUGCAGGUUGAAAAAUCAGCGCCAGAAGAUAUUGGAAAUCGUGAGUUGUCGACAGCUAGAGGAUCUUCUAUUAAACUACCUGGAGCUGAUGUUUUGUUUGGCAAAAAUGCAACAAAUAUGACGGAACCUGUAAAUAUACAAGUGAUGGCGUUUGAUGACAAUCCGCUUGGAUUUGGCGAUGAUGCUGCAUUGAUUAACUCGCCCAUUACUAUGCUUAAAAUUGGCGGUGCAAAUAAUAAUGGUUCGAUCGGAAACGAUACCGAAAACGAGGGCGACGACAGGCCUGGGGUUGGAAUUUCUAUUCCGAGUAAAUUCGAUCCAUUAGAAGAUAUGAUGACGAUUGAGCGAGAUAUUAAUGAUACUGGUCUUUCUAUAAGUAAAUUUGAAAUGGUCUCACAGGAAAACGCGAUUCUUAUUUUAGUGGAGCCCGAGGACGAACGAUCAAAAUUUGAAGUUUUACUUCGAUUUAACUCGAAACCUACUGAAGAAGAAUAUGAUUUCAAGUUUAAACUUCCACAUGAUGCAUGGGAUGUUACGAUGGCAGAAGAUCGAUAUAAAAUAUUCAUUCCAGAAAAAGAAGUCAAAAUGAAAGGAAUGAUUUUUAUCGGAAUUCAAGAUAAUUUGAAUGUGUCAACUCCGAUUGCAAAACACCGAGGUCGUGUUCGCAGACGACGUUCAAUCGGUAUCGAGAAUUCAACUACUUAUCAUCUGCUCAUUUCUACCCCGGGAUGUAGACGAUUUGAUUCUGAAAUGAAUAAAUGGACUGGUGAUGGUUGUAAAGUAAGUGAGCACAGCACACCAGAAUUCACGGAAUGCGUUUGCAAUAAAUUAUCACCAACGUCAAUCUUCAGUGCUGAGUUCUUCGUACCACCAAACACAAUCAAUUUUGCGACAGUUUUUGCAAAGAUUGACAUCGCAGAUAAUCCUGCUGUGUUUUCAACUGUAAUAUCAUUGAUCAUUUUAUACAUUCUGCUACUCAUAUGGGCACGUAGAACCGACAAAAAGGAUCAAAUUAAGUGGAGCUUAAAAUCAGUUGUGGACAACAGAAAAGAAGACAAAUAUCUAUACCAAGUAACUGUAUUUACUGGUUAUGGUCGAGAUGCUACAACACAUUCAAAUGUUUUCUGUAUCAUAUUCGGUGAACAUGGUCGAACAAACGUUAGACAACUCCGUGUAAAGGAAGAAAAAAUGCCGUUCACUCGCAGCAGCGUGAAUCACUUUUUACUCCGUGUUGAUAAAUCAUUGGGUAAUUUGACCCAUGUUCAUAUAUGGCAUGAUAAUACUGGCAAAGGAAAUUUCAGAGGAUGGUAUCUGGAUCAGGUUGCAGUACAAGAUGUUGUUACUGGAGAAAGAUUCUACUUUGUAUGUGAUCAAUGGCUGGCUGUAGAUCAAGAUGAUGGAUUAGUUGAUCGGAUUCUUCCAGUCGCAACUCCUGAAAAUAUGUCAAGUUUUCAUAGAUUGUUUCUCUCGACCACAAGUCAGAAAUUUACCGAAGAUCACUUAUGGAUAUCUAUAUUUUAUCGACCAACGAAAAGUACAUUCACUCGAGUUCAAAGAUUGUCUUGCUGUAUUUGUCUUCUGUUCUUGACAAUGAUUGCAAACGCAAUGUGGUUCGAGAGUGGAUCACGAUCGGGAAGUAGUGGAACUUCGACUCUGAAAGUCGGACCCUUCGUAGUAUCGCCGAUACAAGUUUGGACAAGCUUUUGCAGUACAUUGAUGGUUGUUCCAGUAGUGACACUGGUUAUGAUGCUGUUCAAAAAAGCAAAAACUAAAGAUCAAGAAGAAUAUGAGGAAAAAGAAAAGAAAAGAAGAGAACAAGCUUUAAAUAAAAUCAGGAAACGACAACAUGCUAAAGCUUCAACAUUACCAAACCCAUCUGAACUGGUCGGUAAAGAUGCGGUUUACACUAUUGAUGAUCAAGGUAGAAUACAGGCCAAAGAGAAAACAAAAAGAGCAGCACUUCAGACUGUGAACACUUGGCCUCACUGGUGUGUCUACAUAGCAUGGGUGCUGGUUGUUCUUGCUGUUUUAUGCUCUGGAUUCUUUGCCAUAUUAUACAGCUUUGAAUGGGGAAGAGUGAAAGCAAAUAGAUGGCUAUGUAAUAUGAUGUUAUCCUUCUGGCAAUCAGUGUUGAUUGUUCAACCAAUAAAGGUAAUCUUCUUGUCCAUGUUUGUUGCUGCAAUUGUUCGAAAACCAGAUGAACAAGUAAUGGAUUCAGUUCAAGACAAAGAUGUUGAUGAAGCAGAGCAAAAAUUCAUGAAUCUAUGCGCUGAUAACAUUGAAUCCGAAAUGCAGCAAAACGAGCUAUCUCCUCCAAAACCACCAAGUAAAAAGCGACUCAAACGCGCAAGAAAACUAAGAGCGAAAGAGCGAGCCAUGUCCGAUAUUAUUUGGGAAGUCGUAGUCUACUUCUUUUACAUUAUGGUUCUUUUGUUCCUUUGCCAUGGCAAUCGUGAUUCAAAAGCAUUUCACAUUACAAAUUCGAUCAAGAAGACUUUUGUGAAUCCUAAAUAUGGUCUGCAAUCGGUGAACAGCGUUGAAUAUUUCUGGAGAUUUAUGAACGUCACUUUACUUCCCAAUUUGUACCCGGUGGCUUGGUAUAAUGGUGAUCCAAAAACAUGGAGAGAGCGAAGUUUUCUGGUUGACGAACAAUCUUAUAGAGUUGGUCCCGCUAGAAUGAGACAAGUCAGAGUGAAAGCAUCUGCCUGUCCGCACUCAUCGCCAUCUCAAAAGGAGUGCCGGGCACAAUACUCCUUAUUCAACAACGACGAAGUUGACUACGUUGCAGGAUGGGUUCCAUUAGAUGAUGUUCCUCUUGAUCAACGACCCCAGCCUGACCCAGACGACGAAGAGGAUGCCCAGGAAGACCCGCUAACCCUAGCAUGGAAAUACAGAGAUUGGGAGGAAUUAAAUGGAAUGCCGUGCUUUGGUGAACUGACUGCAUACCCAGGAGGAGGUUAUUCUGCUGAAUUGGGCGUUAAUUAUAUGACUGGAAGACUAAUUAUGGAUCAGUUGUAUCAAGAUGUAUGGAUUGAUCAUCGCACUCGAGCCGUUUUCACGGAAUUCACUGUCUACAAUCCCAACGUCAAUCUAUUUACGACAGUCAAUCUCAUUUCCGAGUUUCCGCCAAUGGGCGCCGCUGUGCAUUUUACGAACGUUGUCAGCUUCCGAUUGUAUCACUAUGUUGGAUCGUUUGGAACUCUUGUCGUAUUUGCUCAGGCGAUUUUUGUCCUCCAUCUAUUAUACUCAACAUACAAGAGUAUUAAAUUGUUGGUUCAACUGAAAAAGAAAUUUUUCUUCGACCCUUGGAAUAUAUUUGAAUCUAUUAUUGUUUUCUUUGAUUGGACGAUCGUUGGAUUGUCAAUAUUACGUCAUGUGAUGACAGAUAAAACCAUAGCUGCUUUCCAUGAAAAUAAGAGAAAGUACGUGAAUUUCCAGCAAGUAACCACAGUGGAUUCAUUAGUCGGAUAUGUUCUCUCUAUAUCUGCGUUCAUGGGAAUCCUUAGAUUUAUGAAGCUCCUGCGUUUUAACAAGAGAAUCGGAAUGUUAUCCUCCGUAUUAAAAUAUAGCGCAAGACAAUGGCCUGGAUUCUUUGUACUUGCUGCGGUGUUCUUCAUAUCGUUCGUUCAUGUUGGCUAUGUUGUGUUCUGUCCGUUCUUAGAUGACUUUAAGAACCUUUUGUCGACUGCUGAAACCAUGGUGGACACAAUGAUGGGUCGUCACACCUAUCCUCUGCUUCGUGAGACAUAUCGUUUCUUCGGACCGAUUUACUACUUUGUGUUCUGUUUUCUGGCAACCUUCAUUAUCAUGAAUGUCUUGAUCGCCAUCAUUGGUGAAUCUCAUAAACAUACAAAUGCUGAUUUAGAAAAAGCUAAAAAUCAGUAUGACGUCAUUGAUUUUAUGUUGAAAAGAUUCAUGAAAUGGUCUGGAAUAGGAAGAUAUAUGGGUGGAAGAGGAAGCGGAAGCGGAAAAAAACCAAGCAAGGAAGAACAAAUGAAUGAAACAUUGAAAGCAAGUCCAAGCGGUGAUGUUGUUGCAGAUGACAAUUCGUCAGAAUUCGAAAGACCUAAUCAAAUGAUAGAGUUUCAAAAGAAAUUGGAUGAAUAUGCUUAUGAUCUUGAGAACAAAUACAAGAAAUUGCUUUCCUUCGAUGAACUGAGAAACGAAGUUGUCUCCGAGAUGAAACUCGCGCGUGAUGAGCAGAAGCAGAAACUUGAUACAGAAAUGGCACAUGCUUACCGCCGACGAACAACGACCACUCAGCGCGAUCCAUCAGCUUAUUCCAGACCAGGACCAUCUAACGUCCGCACAAUAUCUGGCAGACAUAGUGACACAUCAUCAAUGUUUGCUGCUAAGCGUUACUGAUUAACAGUAAUCUGUAUCACUAUUAAAAAGUAAUCGUAAAUUCAGUAUUUUGGUGGGGUUUAAAUAUCGUACAGCCUAUUUUGAAUGUAUGUUUUAACGAGUUUUGGACAGGUUAGGUUCAUACUGUUGGGUAAAGCCACAUAUGUGAUUUAACGUGACUCGAAUGGAUACAAAUUCUACUAACAGUUACCAGUUAUCGAAAAACUGGUAAAAUACAUGGCUAUGUUAUAUUCGACCCAUAC